GGGUGAUGCAAAGACCUCGAAGCCUGGGGAGGGAGCCGGGCUGCCGCCGGAUGCGGUAGGCACCCCCCAGUGCCUGGGGGUCGCGAGCUGAAGGACAAUGAGUGAAUCUGGAGCCAAGUCCAGCCAGCCCCUGGCCUCCAAGGGGGAGAAGGACGUGGCGGAGAAGAGGGGCCGGGGGCGGCCCAGGAAGAAGCCACAGCAGGAGCCCAGCGAGGCACCGACCCCCAAGAGACCCCGCGGCCGGCCCAAGGGCAGCAAAAACAAGGCCAGCACAAAGGGCAGGAAAGCUGCAGUCACGCCGGGGAGAAAACCUCGAGGCCGACCCAAAAAGACGCAGGACGAGGAGGAGGUGAACAUUUCCCAGGAGUCAUCGGAGGAGGAGCAGUGAAGGCUCCGGACCGGCGCUACCUCACCGCCCGCCGGCCCCGCAGCCGGGGGAGGGGGAUGGGGAGAGACCCUCUGCACCGCCCUGGCUUUUUCCUCCUCCUUCCUCCGCUCCUUCCUCACCCUCAGACAAUGGCAGCACUGGAAAACAGCCCGACCUGGGCAGCCCCCGCAGCCCCCCACCCAGGGAUUGUGGGGGGACACCCGCCCCAGCCCCCCCCUCACCCCAGCCCUGGGCUCUGGGGCAGCCCCACUGGCAAGGGGGCGCCUGGCAGAGAGCUGGGGCCAGGACCCCCCCACCUUUUGCUGUCCCUCUCCCCUCAGUGCAGUGACCUCACCCAUCCAAAGUGGGUGCUGGAUGCCCCCCUGAGCACCAGGCUUUGCCCUGGGGGCCUCUACAGGGACGAGAUGGGGUGGGGGCAGUGAAGGUGAGACCCCCCCCAAACGCAUUAGACCUUUGCUCUGCCCUGCUGCUCCCCUGGGCUUGCCCCCUCCUCAUGCCCCCUCCAAGCCCUGGGUGACUGCAGUGUGUGGGAGAGCAGCUCCCGGGCGCUGCCAGGGCUUGGUGCCCGCCCCUGGGAGUACCUUGUCCCUGGGGGUGGCCCGGGGCAGCCCCUCCCUCCCAGGCUCUGGUUCUGUAUUAUUUGGUUUGGGUUUUUUAGUACUUUUUUGGGUUGGUUUCCUUUCAUUCACAACUACCUCUGGAUAUUUAAGUUCCACUCUGCACCUGCAGAUGUGCUGCUGGC